AUGCGGCGAGGGGCGCUGCUGGAGAUCGCCCUGGGAUUUACGGUGCUCCUCGCGUCCUACACGAGCCACGGGGCGGACACCAACUUGGAGGCUGGGAAUGUGAAGGAAACCAGAGCCAGCCGGGCCAAGAGAAGAGGCGGCGGAGGACACGAUGCGCUAAAAGGACCCAAUGUCUGUGGAUCACGUUAUAAUGCUUACUGUUGUCCUGGAUGGAAAACCUUACCUGGUGGAAAUCAGUGCAUUGUCCCCAUUUGCCGGCAUUCCUGUGGGGAUGGAUUCUGUUCCAGGCCGAAUAUGUGCACUUGCCCAUCUGGUCAGAUAUCUCCUUCCUGUGGCUCCCGAUCCAUACAACACUGUAAUAUUCGCUGUAUGAAUGGCGGCAGCUGCAGUGACGAUCACUGUCUAUGCCAGAAGGGAUACAUUGGAACUCACUGUGGACAACCUGUCUGUGAAAGUGGCUGUCUCAACGGAGGGAGAUGUGUGGCUCCAAAUCGGUGCGCGUGCACGUACGGCUUCACUGGACCCCAGUGCGAAAGAGAUUACAGAACAGGUCCUUGCUUCACUGUGGUCAGCAACCAGAUGUGCCAGGGACAGCUCAGCGGGAUCGUGUGCACAAAAACUCUCUGCUGUGCCACCGUGGGCCGAGCCUGGGGCCACCCCUGCGAGAUGUGCCCUGCCCAACCUCACCCCUGCCGCCGUGGCUUCAUUCCAAACAUCCGCACAGGAGCAUGUCAAGAUGUGGAUGAAUGCCAGGCCAUCCCUGGACUCUGUCAAGGUGGAAAUUGCAUUAAUACCGUUGGGUCUUUUGAGUGCAAGUGCCCUGCUGGACACAAAUUUAAUGAAGUGUCCCAAAAAUGUGAAGACAUCGAUGAAUGCAGCACAAUUCCUGGAAUCUGUGAUGGGGGCGAAUGUACAAACACAGUCAGCAGUUACUUCUGCAAAUGUCCUCCUGGUUUUUACACCUCUCCUGAUGGCACCAGAUGUGUAGAUGUUCGCCCAGGAUACUGUUACACAGCCCUAGCAAAUGGACGCUGCUCUAACCAGCUGCCCCAAUCCAUCACCAAAAUGCAGUGCUGCUGUGAUGUCGGCCGAUGCUGGUCCCCAGGGGUCACAGUCGCCCCUGAGAUGUGCCCCAUCAGAUCAACAGAGGAUUUCAACAAGCUGUGUUCGGUUCCCAUGGUAUUUCCUGGAAGACCAGAAUACCCUCCCCCACCCCUGGGGCCCAUUCCUCCAGUUCAACCUGUUCCUCCCGUCUUUCCUCCUGGACCUGUACUUCCCGUCCCGCGGCCACCGCCAGAGUAUCCCUACCCAUCUCCAUCUCGGGAGCCACCAAGGGUACUGCCAUUCAAUGUCACUGAUUACUGUCAGUUGGUCCGCUAUCUCUGUCAAAAUGGGCGCUGCAUUCCAACUCCUGGGAGCUACCGGUGUGAGUGCAACAAAGGAUUCCAGCUGGACCUCCGGGGGGAGUGUAUUGAUGUUGAUGAAUGUGAGAAAAACCCUUGUACUGGUGGAGAAUGUAUUAACACUCAGGGCUCAUACACCUGCCACUGCCGAGCUGGCUAUCAGAGCACGCUUACCAGGACGGAGUGCCGAGACAUCGAUGAGUGUUUGCAGAAUGGCCGGAUCUGCAAUCAUGGACGCUGUAUCAACACGGACGGGAGUUUCCACUGCGUGUGUAACGCGGGCUUCCACGUAACCCGGGAUGGAAAGAACUGUGAAGAUAUGGAUGAAUGCAGCAUAAGAAACAUGUGCCUGAAUGGGAUGUGCAUCAACGAAGACGGUAGUUUUAAGUGUAUUUGCAAACCUGGAUUCCAGCUUGCAUCAGAUGGGCGCUACUGCAAGGAUAUUAACGAGUGUGAAACACCUGGGAUCUGCAUGAACGGGCGCUGCGUGAACACGGACGGCUCCUACAGGUGUGAAUGCUUCCCUGGCCUGGCCGUGGGUCUGGAUGGACGCGUGUGUGUGGACACCCAUAUGCGGAGCACUUGUUAUGGGGGAUACAAGAGAGGCCAGUGUGUCAAACCCCUGUUUGGUGCUGUUACCAAAUCUGAAUGCUGUUGUGCCAGUACCGAGUAUGCCUUUGGAGAACCAUGCCAGCCAUGCCCUGCCCAGAACUCAGCGGAAUACCAGGCUCUCUGCAGCAGUGGGCCAGGAAUGACGUCAGCGGGCACCGAUAUAAAUGAAUGUGCAUUAGAUCCUGACAUUUGCCCAAAUGGAAUCUGUGAAAAUCUCCGGGGGACCUACAAAUGUGUAUGCAAUUCCGGAUAUGAAGUGGAUAUAACUGGGAAAAACUGUGUUGAUAUUAAUGAAUGUGUCCUGAACAGUCUACUCUGUGACAAUGGACAAUGUAGAAACACUCCCGGAAGUUUUGUCUGCACCUGCCCCAAAGGAUUCAUAUACAAACCUGACCUAAAAACAUGUGAAGACAUUGAUGAAUGUGAAUCUAAUCCUUGCAUUAAUGGAGUGUGUAAAAACAGCCCUGGCUCUUUCAUUUGUGAAUGUUCUCCUGAAAGUACCUUGGAUCCAACAAAAACCAUCUGCAUAGAAACCAUCAAGGGCACUUGCUGGCAGACUGUCAUUGAUGGGCGGUGUGAGAUCAACAUCAACGGAGCCACCUUGAAGUCCCAGUGCUGCUCUUCCCUUGGCGCUGCCUGGGGUAGCCCCUGCACCAUAUGCCAAGUUGACCCCGUAUGUGGUAAAGGAUUCUCAAGAAUUAAGGGGACACAGUGUGAAGAUAUUGACGAAUGCGAAGUGUUUCCAGGAGUGUGCAAAAAUGGCCUGUGUGUCAACACCAGGGGCUCAUUCAAAUGUCAGUGUCCCAAUGGAAUGACUCUGGAUGCCACAGGAAGGAUCUGCCUUGAUAUCCGCCUGGAAACCUGCUUCCUGAGGUACGACGAUGAGGAGUGUACUCUCCCCAUUGCGGGCCGCCACCGCAUGGAUGCCUGCUGCUGUUCCGUGGGGGCCGCCUGGGGGACUGAAGAAUGUGAGGAGUGUCCUGUGAGAAACACCCCAGAGUACGAGGAGCUCUGCCCCAGAGGACCUGGCUUUGCCACAAAAGACAUUACCAAUGGCAAACCUUUCUUCAAAGAUAUCAACGAAUGCAAGAUGAUACCCAGCCUCUGCACCCACGGCAAGUGCCGAAACACCAUUGGCAGCUUUAAGUGCAGGUGCGACAGUGGCUUUGCUCUUGAUUCCGAAGAAAGGAACUGCACAGACAUUGAUGAGUGUCGCAUCUCUCCGGACCUGUGUGGCCGAGGCCAGUGUGUGAACACACCCGGGGACUUUGAAUGCAAGUGUGACGAAGGCUAUGAGAGUGGAUUCAUGAUGAUGAAGAACUGCAUGGAUAUUGACGAAUGUCAGAGAGAUCCUCUCCUGUGCCGAGGAGGUACUUGCAUAAACACAGAGGGAAGUUACCGCUGUGAAUGCCCACCUGGUCAUCAGCUGUCCCCAAACAUCUCUGCGUGUAUUGACAUCAAUGAGUGUGAGCUGAGCGCAAACCUCUGUCCCAAUGGUCGCUGUGUGAACCUCAUAGGGAAAUAUCAAUGUGCCUGCAAUCCUGGGUAUCAUUCCACUCCUGACAGGCUCUUCUGUGUUGACAUUGAUGAAUGUAGCAUAAUGAAUGGCGGCUGUGAAACCUUCUGCACCAACUCAGAAGGCAGCUAUGAAUGUAGCUGUCAGCCUGGAUUUGCACUGAUGCCUGACCAGAGAUCAUGCACAGACAUUGAUGAGUGUGAAGAUAAUCCCAAUAUCUGUGAUGGAGGCCAGUGUACAAACAUACCUGGAGAGUAUCGGUGUUUGUGCUUUGAUGGGUUCAUGGCAUCUGAAGACAUGAAGACUUGUGUAGACGUCAACGAAUGUGACCUGAAUCCGAAUAUCUGCCUCAGUGGGACCUGUGAAAACACGAAAGGUUCCUUCAUCUGCCACUGCGACCUGGGCUACUCAGGCAAAAAAGGAAAGACGGGCUGCACAGAUAUCAAUGAGUGUGAAAUCGGAGCACACAACUGUGGCAGACAUGCUGUAUGCACCAACACGGCAGGAAGCUUCAAAUGUAGCUGCAGUCCGGGCUGGAUUGGAGACGGUGUUAAAUGCACAGAUCUGGACGAAUGCUCCAAUGGAACGCACAUGUGCAGCCAACAUGCGGACUGCAAAAACACCAUGGGCUCUUACCGCUGUCUCUGUAAGGAAGGAUACACGGGCGAUGGCUUCACUUGUACAGACCUCGAUGAGUGCUCUGAGAACCUGAAUCUCUGCGGCAACGGCCAGUGCCUCAAUGCCCCUGGAGGCUACCGCUGUGAGUGUGACAUGGGCUUCCUGCCCAGCGCUGACGGGAAAGCCUGUGAAGAUAUCGAUGAGUGCUCUCUUCCCAACAUCUGUGUUUUCGGCACUUGCCACAACCUCCCGGGCUUGUUCCGCUGCGAGUGUGAGAUAGGCUACGAACUGGACCGAAGCGGUGGCAACUGCACAGAUGUUAAUGAAUGUCUGGACCCGACUACGUGCAUCAGUGGAAAUUGCGUCAACACUCCGGGCAGCUACACCUGUGACUGUCCUCCCGAUUUUGAGCUGAAUCCUACUCGAGUUGGCUGUGUUGAUACCCGCUCUGGAAAUUGCUAUUUGGAUAUUCGACCCAGAGGAGACAAUGGAGACACAGCCUGUAGCAAUGAAAUCGGAGUUGGCGUGUCCAAGGCUUCCUGCUGCUGCUCUCUGGGUAAAGCCUGGGGAACUCCCUGCGAGCUGUGCCCUGCUGUGAACACAUCUGAGUACAAGAUUCUUUGUCCUGGAGGAGAAGGGUUCCGUCCCAACCCCAUCACUGUGAUCUUGGAAGAUAUUGACGAGUGCCAAGAGCUACCAGGACUGUGCCAAGGGGGGAAAUGUAUCAACACCUUUGGCAGUUUCCAGUGCCGCUGUCCAACCGGUUACUACCUGAAUGAGGAAAACCGAGUGUGUGAUGAUGUGAAUGAGUGUGAGACUCCUGGAAUCUGCGGUCCGGGGACGUGCUACAAUACCAUCGGCAACUACACCUGCAUCUGUCCUCCGGACUACAUGCAAGUGAACGGGGGAAAUAACUGCAUGGACAUGAGAAGAAGUUUGUGCUACAGAAACUACUAUGCUGACAACCAGACCUGUGAUGGAGAACUGUUGUUCAAUAUGACCAAGAAGAUGUGUUGUUGUUCCUACAACAUCGGCCGAGCCUGGAACAAGCCCUGUGAACAGUGUCCUGUCCCAAGCACAGAUGAAUUUGCCACCCUCUGUGGAAGUCAGAGACCGGGCUUCGUCAUUGACAUCUACACUGGUUUACCUGUUGAUAUCGAUGAGUGUCGGGAGAUCCCCGGGGUCUGUGACAAUGGAGUGUGCAUCAACAUGGUGGGCAGUUUCCGGUGUGAAUGCCCCGUGGGGUUCUUCUACAAUGACAAGUUGCUGGUUUGUGAAGAUAUCGACGAGUGUCAGAACGGCCCCGUGUGUCAGCGCAACGCCGAGUGCAUCAACACGGCGGGCAGCUACCGCUGUGACUGCAAGCCCGGCUACCGCCUCACCUCCACCGGCCAGUGCAAUGAUCGCAAUGAAUGUCAAGAAAUCCCCAACAUCUGCAGCCACGGGCAGUGCAUUGACACAGUGGGAAGCUUCUACUGCCUUUGCCACACGGGUUUUAAAACAAAUGCUGAUCAAACCAUGUGCUUGGACAUUAACGAGUGUGAAAGAGAUGCUUGCGGUAAUGGCACCUGCCGCAACACCAUCGGUUCCUUCAACUGUCGCUGUAACCACGGCUUCAUCCUUUCCCACAACAACGACUGCAUAGAUGUUGACGAAUGUGCGACUGGAAACGGGAACCUUUGCAGGAAUGGCCAGUGCAUCAACACCGUGGGCUCGUUCCAGUGCCAGUGCAAUGAGGGCUACGACGUGGCUCCGGACGGGAGGACCUGUGUGGAUAUCAACGAAUGUCUUCUAGAACCUGGAAAAUGUGCACCAGGAACCUGUCAAAACUUGGAUGGUUCUUACAGGUGUAUCUGCCCCCCUGGGUACAGUCUGCAGAAUGACAAGUGCGAAGAUAUCGAUGAAUGCGUGGAAGAACCAGAAAUCUGCGCCUUGGGCACAUGCAGUAACACUGAAGGCAGCUUCAAAUGUCUGUGUCCAGAAGGGUUCUCCUUGUCCUCAACGGGAAGACGUUGCCAAGAUCUGCGAAUGAGCUACUGUUACGCUAAGUUCGAAGGAGGAAAGUGCUCAUCCCCCAAAUCCAGGAAUCACUCCAAGCAGGAGUGCUGCUGCGCCUUGAAGGGAGAAGGCUGGGGAGACCCCUGUGAGCUGUGCCCCACCGAGCCCGACGAGGCCUUCCGCCAGAUCUGCCCCUACGGGAGCGGGAUCAUCGUGGGACCGGACGACUCGGCCGUGGAUAUGGAUGAAUGCAAAGAACCAGACGUCUGUAAACACGGCCAGUGUAUCAACACAGAUGGCUCCUAUCGCUGCGAGUGCCCCUUCGGUUAUAUUCUAGAAGGAAACGAAUGUGUGGAUACUGACGAAUGUUCUGUGGGCAAUCCUUGUGGAAACGGGACCUGCAAGAACGUGAUUGGAGGUUUCGAAUGUACCUGUGAGGAGGGAUUUGAGCCGGGUCCCAUGAUGACAUGUGAAGAUAUAAAUGAAUGUGCCCAGAAUCCUCUGCUCUGUGCCUUCAGGUGUGUGAACACGUAUGGGUCAUAUGAAUGCAAAUGUCCUGCUGGAUAUGUUCUCAGAGAAGACAGGAGGAUGUGCAAAGAUGAGGAUGAGUGUGAGGAGGGAAAACAUGACUGUACCGAGAAACAAAUGGAAUGCAAGAACCUCAUUGGCACCUACAUGUGCAUCUGUGGACCUGGGUACCAGCGGAGACCUGACGGAGAAGGCUGCGUGGAUGAAAAUGAAUGUCAGACCAAGCCAGGAAUCUGUGAAAAUGGGCGCUGCAUCAACACAAGAGGGAGCUACACCUGUGAGUGCAAUGACGGGUUCACAGCCAGCCCCGCCCAGGACGAGUGCCUCGACAAUCGAGAAGGGUACUGCUUCACGGAAGUGCUGCAAAAUAUGUGUCAGAUCGGCUCAAGCAACAGAAACCCUGUCACCAAGUCUGAAUGCUGCUGCGAUGGAGGGAGGGGCUGGGGCCCGCACUGUGAGAUCUGCCCUUUCCAGGGCACUGUGGCUUUCAAGAAACUCUGCCCCCAUGGCCGAGGAUUCAUGACCAAUGGAGCAGAUAUUGAUGAAUGCAAGGUUAUUCAUGAUGUUUGCCGCAAUGGGGAAUGUGUCAACGAUAGAGGAUCCUAUCACUGCAUUUGUAAAACUGGGUACACGCCGGAUAUUACUGGAACAGCUUGUGUGGAUCUGAACGAGUGCAACCAGGCUCCCAAACCCUGUAAUUUUAUCUGCAAAAACACAGAAGGGAGCUACCAGUGUUCCUGUCCAAAAGGCUACAUUCUGCAAGAAGAUGGAAGGAGCUGCAAAGAUCUUGAUGAGUGUGCAACCAAGCAGCACAACUGCCAGUUCCUGUGUGUGAACACCAUUGGUGGUUUCACGUGCAAAUGUCCUCCUGGGUUCACCCAGCACCACACCGCCUGCAUUGAUAACAAUGAAUGUACCUCUGAUAUCAACCUGUGUGGGUCAAAAGGCGUCUGUCAGAACACACCUGGAAGCUUCACCUGUGAAUGCCAACGGGGAUUCUCGCUGGAUCAGAGUGGUGCGAGCUGUGAAGAUGUGGAUGAGUGUGAGGGCAACCACCGCUGCCAACACGGCUGCCAGAACAUCAUCGGAGGCUACCGGUGCAGCUGUCCCCAGGGCUACCUGCAGCACUACCAGUGGAACCAGUGUGUGGAUGAAAACGAAUGUCUCAGUGCUCACAUUUGUGGAGGAGCCUCCUGUCACAAUACUUUGGGAAGCUACAAGUGCAUGUGUCCUGCUGGCUUCCAGUAUGAACAGUUCAGUGGGGGGUGCCAAGACAUCAAUGAAUGUGGCUCUUCACAAGCCCCCUGCAGUUACGGAUGCUCCAACACAGAGGGCGGCUACCUAUGUGGAUGUCCACCUGGUUACUUCCGAAUAGGCCAAGGGCAUUGUGUUUCUGGAAUGGGCAUGGGCAGAGGCGGCCCGGAGCCAGCAGCCAGCAGCGAGAUGGACGACAAUUCACUGUCCCCAGAAGCUUGCUACGAGUGUAAGAUCAAUGGCUACCCCAAAAGGGGCAGGAAACGGAGGAGCACGAAUGAAACUGAUGUCUCCAGUAUCCAGGAUCAAUCUGAAAUGGAAGCCAAUGUGAGUCUGGCAAGUUGGGACAUUGAGAAGCCUGCCACCUUUGCCUUCAAUAUUUCCCAUAUCAGCAACAAGGUCCGAAUCCUAGAACUCCUUCCGGCCCUUACAACUCUGACAAAUCAUAACAGAUACUUGAUUGAAUCUGGAAAUGAAGAUGGCUUUUUUAAAAUCAACCAAAAGGAAGGGAUCAGCUACCUCCACUUCACAAAGAGGAAGCCAGUGGCUGGAACCUACUCAUUACAAAUCAGUAGUACUCCACUUUAUAAAAAGAAAGAACUCAAUCAGCUAGAAGACAAAUAUGACAAAGACUACCUCAGUGGUGAACUGGGCGAUAAUCUGAAGAUGAAAAUUCAGAUUUUGCUUCAUUAAUUCACCAUCCAGAGACCAAAUAAUUAAAAGAAAAACAACUAUAGAUAGGUAGGAUUACAUUUCCCCCCAGUCAGAAUCUUCCUAUCAUAGGUACAAUCUUUCUCACCAAGUAAAUUUGUAUAAAUAAGCACUAUUCUUGUAUUACAAAAAAAAAAAAAGAAGGUACAGGUGAUUACCUAAUUCAAACAACCACUUCCUCAGGCUUCUCAUGCGUGUAGCUAAGUUAUGUGGUCAUAUGUGCCUAUUCUGGAAAACUAGGAGUAGACCCCCUAGGGGCUCACAUCUGUGCUAAUGUGCAGAUGUGCAGGAAUGUGCUUUUCACCUGAUGGAUUAUUUCAAAUUUUGAAACUUUGCUUCUCCAAAUGCAAGUGUAGGUUGGCCAUUUGUAAUAUCUUGGUGCUAGUAAAUUUUCAAACUAGAUCUAUGAAUGCACUGUAAUAUCUACACAACUUAGAAAACAAAUUACAAGUACUCAGUUCAGAUACUUCAUUUCAAUCAACCAAAGUUAGUUCAGUAGCUUAUCUCAGUUAUGAGUAUCAUACAUUACAUGUAAAUUAAGUGUGUGUAUACUGUAAUCGUGCUGGUUUUUUAUCAUUGAAACAUUUAUAAACUAGAAUAAUAAUGCCCUUAAUGUGAGGGUUUGUAAUGGUGCUUAUUAAGACCAAAGACUUGUUAAUUGUCUACACCAAGUGGUAAUGGAAUUUCUGUGACUGGCCCACAUGUGCCUUGAGGUUGGGGAAGACCAGAAAACGACCCCAGCGACCAGACUAUCACCAGUGCGUCCAGUGUCCUACAUAAGACAUGUGCAAUAUGCCAAAAUUAUGGUUAUUCCUGUCAACAAGGGGUCAAUGUCAUAAAUGUUACAAUAAAGCAAUCUCUUCUUUUUUUU